AUGGCUUCGGAGGAUGUGAAACCGAGCGAAUCGGCGGUCUCCACGAUCGUCAAUCUGGCUGAGGAGGCUAAGAUGGCGAGAGAGGGCGUGGUCAAGGCUCCGAGCCUUGCGGUUCUCAGUGUCUGCAAGUCUCUGGUUGCUGGUGGAGUCGCUGGUGGAGUGUCACGCACAGCUGUUGCUCCAUUGGAGCGACUGAAAAUAUUGCUCCAGGUCCAGAAUCCACAUAACAUAAAAUACAAUGGAACAAUACAAGGCUUGAAAUAUAUCUGGAGAACUGAGGGUUUCCGUGGAUUGUUUAAAGGAAAUGGUACGAAUUGUGCUCGUAUUGUCCCCAACUCAGCAGUCAAGUUCUUCAGCUAUGAGCAAGCUUCUAAGGGAAUAUUGUUACUGUAUCGGGAUCAAACUGGCAAUGAAGAUGCUCAGCUCACUCCUCUUCUACGUCUUGGAGCUGGAGCAUGUGCUGGAAUUAUUGCCAUGUCUGCAACUUACCCGAUGGACAUGGUACGAGGAAGGCUAACUGUACAGACAGAGAACUCUCCCUUUCAGUACAGGGGAAUGUUCCAUGCUCUAACGACUGUGCUCCGCGAGGAGGGCCCACGGGCUUUGUACAAGGGAUGGCUUCCUUCUGUAAUUGGAGUUGUUCCCUAUGUUGGUCUCAACUUUGCUGUUUAUGAAUCCCUGAAGGAUUGGUUAAUCAAAAGUAGACCAUUUGGACUUGUUGAAGAUACAGACUUAAGUGUCACGACAAGGUUGGCAUGCGGGGCUGCUGCUGGAACUGUUGGGCAAACUGUUGCUUACCCCCUUGAUGUCAUUCGUCGAAGGAUGCAGAUGGGGGGAUGGAGUAAUGCUGCUUCUGUUAUCACUGGUGAUGGGAGAAGCAAGGCCCCACUUGAAUAUACUGGCAUGAUUGAUGCAUUCAGGAAAACUGUUCGACAUGAGGGCUUUGGAGCGUUGUACAAGGGUUUGGUUCCCAAUUCCGUUAAGGUAGUGCCAUCCAUUGCAAUUGCAUUUGUGACGUAUGAGAUGGUGAAGGAUGUUUUAGGAGUCGAGAUCAGGAUAUCGGACUAA